UGCCGUAAAAGUUAUCUUUCAUUGGUUUUUCCACUUUGUUUACAAUUUACCCUAAUUCCCACUAUAUCAGCUUCCAAUUAAUCUGAUAAUGACAGACUGAAAUUUGAUUAGUAGAAGCAGACCAACCCACGACGAGUUUUUAAUAAUACAAACUAAAAGAGGAAGGAGUUGGAAAAGAGCUGUGAUGAAUAUAAAGUAAUAAAGAGAGAUUAGCAUUUAGAUGUUCAGAGUUUAAAGGAAUUGCGUAUGGAGUUGCUUGCAAGAGCAUAUCCGCCAUUUGGAGUCUCUUCUGUCUACCAUUCUAAAUGUUGGGCUCUUAUCUAGUCACACACGGAAAACAGAAUAUAGCCAUUUUUGUGUUUAUAAACCAACAAUUAAUUAUUAAUACAAAGUAUAAGUAGGAAGUCAUAUAUACUGUCUAUUAUGGUUAAUUUCUAUUGGGAAAACCUUAUGAGUGGAAUCUCACCUUUUAGAUGUAAUACGAAUAAAUCAAAUCAAAAUGAAUCAUAACAGAAAAUAAGGAACAAGUCAAGUUGUGUUCUUGUGCGAAUAUGUUGGGUAUUAUUGUGUAGACGUUCAACAUAAUAAUAAUUCCAUUACUGGAUGAGAAAAAAAAAACACACACACACAUAUACUAAUAGCUACCUGUAUUUGGACUACUACAAAAAAGAAAACCCCACACUAAAGUUGCAUACGAAAUCACCUGAUGAAUAUCUUUGGAUGUAAUUCAUAUUAUAAACAUUAAGUGAUUAGUGGUGAUUAUUAUAUUGGCAUAAAUGUUUAUAAGUUCGAAUCUCAAAACAAAACAAAUUGUAAAUCUUAUCUUUAAAGGUGUAAUCGUCCCCAAACUGAACACCUGGCAUACCCAACUAAUAAGCCCCUCUUUACCUGCUAACCAAGACCAAUCAAAACCUCCUGAACUUAUAAUUAAUAUCUCUUGCUUUCUUCCUUUAAUGAAAGAUAUUAAAUAAUGAAAGUAAAGAAACAUUUUUGAGACAUUAUUGAUAUUCUUAUGUUCGUGGGGGUUGGAUGCAUAUAGUUUUCAUCAGUUUACAUGGUGACACCUUGCACAGAGGAGACUUUGAAUUCUCUGUAGCACACGCGUGAGUUCCAAAAGCUUCAAAGAUAGAACGCAAUAACUGCAAUGAAAAAACAAUUAAACCUCCCCCUUUUUUCCAUUGAAUAAUAAUAUUAUAUCUAAAACUUGGUGGAUUUCAUUUCAUGUACGUUUUAAUCUUUAAAAUUUGUUCACGGCUGCAUAUGCGUGAAAGUUGAAGGCCCCAAUUGUACGGCACAUGUAACAUUUUGGGGUCGAGUUGGGCCGGCUUUUGGGCCUUUCAAGAGCUCCUUUCGUAAAAUGAAUAAUUAAAAAAGACAAAUUAAACAAAUAUAUACAUAUGUAUUAUCAUGUAAGUAUACAUAAAAAGUUGGGAGAGGGGGGCGAGGUGAAGUGGAUUUUGGGUAGGAAGGCUUUAAGGUGAAGGAUAUGAUAAAAAUGUAGUAUCGAAAAGGUGGAGUUUUGGCACUUUUAAAAUACAAUAAAGUAAUCAUGGUUUGAAUUAUUCAUAAUAUUGUUCAUGCAAAAGCACAUAAUAACACACAUGACAUGAAAUAUGAGUUCACCCACACUAUAAAUAAGCCUCCUCCUCAUAUUAAUCUUCAGCAAGAGAUUUGAGGUUGCAUACAGAGAUAACUCAACUCCUCUGCCUCGACCUCUAUCAAUCAUCUUGCUCCCUCAAAUUACUAACAUAAUGGCUCUUAGUUUUGUGAAUCACAACCCUUGGAUUUUUGCGUUUGGUCUUCUAGGUAACAUUUUCUCGUUCAUCGUAUUUCUGGCCCCAGUGCCUACAUUUAUAAGGGUGUGUAGAAAGAAAUCAACGGAAGGAUUUCAAUCAAUUCCGUACGUGGUUGCGUUGUUCAGUGCUCUGUUAUUGAUAUACUAUUCCACGCUGAAUGCGGACGAGUUCUUUCUUAUGACUAUUAACUCAGUGGGCUGUUUCAUCGAGACCGUUUACAUCGCUUUAUACAUUGCCUAUGCUCCCAAGAAGGCUCGGAUAUUCACCGUGAGGUUUGUUCUGCUGUUGGAUGUAUUUGGGUUUUGUUCGAUUCUGUUGGUGACCCAAUUUUUAGUGAAGCGGGCUUACAGAGCCCGCGUGAUUGGGUUCAUUUGUGGAGGUCUCUCCGUCAGCGUUUUUGCAGCCCCUCUCAGCAUCAUGAGGAGGGUUAUCCGUACCAGGAGCGUGGAGUACAUGCCUUUUUCUCUCUCUUUUUUCCUCACACUCAGCGCCGUCAUGUGGCUCUGCUAUGGCUUGUUCCUCAAGGAUUUAUACGUUGCGCUUCCAAACACGUUGGGAUUCACAUUCGGGAUGGCUCAGAUGAUUCUUUACGCCAUCUACAGAAACGCCAAGCCGGUGGCUUCUGAUGAGCAGAAGCUCCCACAACUCAAAGCCGAUAUCGAAACUCAAAUUGUAAUGACGACGACAACAACGAUGACGACUACUCCCGACAGUGGGGACCAGCAAAAUCAAGAUCAAGUUGUUCCUCAAUCCAACGGUGGACAUGCAUCGCUAUCCCCAACAACACUAAUAUGCAACAAUGACAAAUAUUGCAUGGACAAUAACCAAGCCCCACCCAUGGUCAAAUGUGAGGCUUGAAUGUUGUUUCAUGCAACAUACAGAAUCUCCUCCCUCUCAACCGUGCUCCAUCUGUAUUAUUAUAAUAUAGUGUCGUCGUUGUCUUCUUCUUCUUGUUAUUAGUUAGUAACUUUAAUUUUUACGUAUUUCUAAACUCGUUCGUCGGGAGAGAGGUUCCAUAUCCAUGUACAAUUUAUAUAUUUAUAUAUAUAUAAAUGUACCUAAACCUAACUUUGUGUGUUUCCUAUGCUUUAAUCAUUUAGUA